CAUCGACGCAAAAUCAACCCCUCCAAAAGGCGAGGGGUUGGCCCUAAAUACAUUGAAAAUGUUCACGCCCUUCCUUAGAGGAAAGGGAACUCUUAUGACCAAUCCCCGUUUGGGACCAAAUUCAAAAGGCAAGAUCAGAAACCGACCCUAUGAACAAAAAUUUUUCUCCCUGUAUCCUGCGAUGAUGAUGAUAGUUGGAGAAUUCAUUCAAGAGUUUAGACGAGAGUGAAACGUGACUGUGAAAAAGGGUGUUUUAAUGAAGAAAAUACGAAUUUUGGACAAAAUGCAGGCGCAGGAGGCAUCAAUGACACAUGUGUCGGUUAGCACACAAAAAAUGCAACCCUCAUCAAGUCGCAUCUUAUAUGAUAUUCCAUGUAAAGUGUGUCGUGAUCAUUCCUCGGGGAAGCAUUAUGGAAUAUUUGCCUGCGACGGCUGUGCUGGUUUCUUCAAGAGGUCAAUAAGACGUUCGCGACAGUAUCAUUGCAAAGCAAAGGCCGAGGGCGGUUGCACGGUUGACAAAACACACAGAAACCAAUGUCGCGCUUGUCGUUUGGCAAAAUGCAUACAAGCCGGAAUGAAUAAAGACGCGGUUCAACAUGAGAGAGGACCGAGAAAUUCAACACUCAGGAGACAAAUGGCGAUGUACUUGAAGGAACCGGAAGUUAUAAAUACUUUGGUACCACCAACGCCAGCUGCGGCUGCGGCCGCCGCAGCAGCGUUGGACCUUGCACUUCCAAAACCUCCACUGGAUCAUCGAAUUCAACCUCCAAUUAUGCCACCAAGUGGACCACAUCACCACCACCAUCAUCACCAUCAUCAUCGUGUGCCCCACACAAUGCCACAUCCAAUCUACGCACACGCUAGCAUCAACAUGUGUAAGAUACCGCUCACAGCUGGAAUACCAAUAAUGCCGGCCAUUACUCCAGAGCCAGUUUGCGAGCAAGCGGCACAAAUUCUCUUCAUCAAUGUCCGUUGGGCGAGGGACUUGACAUCAGGUUCGGGUCUAUCGAUGGACGAUCAAUUAACACUCCUCGAAGCAUCGUGGCGUGAAUUAUUCCUCCUCACAGCAGCGCAAAUAUUACCAAACUUAGAUCCAACAUCCCUUCUACCACCAAGAUCCCAAAGUCUUUCUCUCGCAUUUCAAGUGAAUAGAUUUCGUGAGACAUUAUUAAGUUUUCAUGCAAUGAAUCUCAGUGCUAAUGAAUAUGCCUGCAUUAAGGCUAUUGUUUUAUUUAAAGCCGGUCUUGAAUGCGAAGCACUGCCAAGCAGUCCAAGCAGUAAUGGAUCAUCAUCGCCAACAAAUGGUGCGCCAAUGGGUAAAUUACGCGAUCCAGCAACAGUCGCUAGAUUAAGGGACAAUUUUCAAAUAGCAUUGGGUCAUCAAUUGAGUUCCAUUGCCUAUGGUACAUUGAGAUUUGGUAAAAUUUUACUACUCUUACCAACAUUAAAGUGCAUCUCACCGGGAACAAUUGAGGAACUCUUCUUUAGACGCACAAUUGGCAUUAUUCCAAUGGAGAGAAUUAUUUGCGAUAUGUACAAAUCGCCUUGAGUUUCAAAAACCGCAAAAGUGUUUGAAAACAAAAAUCCAAACUUUGGUCUUUUAAACUUUAAUUUUUCCAAGUUUCGGUCUUUCAAACUUUGGGUUUUCCAAACUUUGGUCUUUCAAACUUUAUUUUUUUUUAAGUUUUGGCCUUUCAAACUUUGGGUUUUUCAAACUUUGGUCUUUCAAACUUUGGGUUUCCAAACUUUGGUCUUUCAAACUUUGGGUUUUCAAACUUUAAUUUUUUCAAGUUUUGGUCUUUCAAACUUUGGGUUUUUCAAACUUUGAUCUUUCAAACUUUGGGUUUCCAAACUUUGGUCUUUCAAACUUUAAUUUUUUCAAGUUUUGGCCUUUCAAACUUUGGGUUUUUCAAACUUUGGGUUUCCAAACUUUGGUCUUUCAAACUUUGGGUUUUCCAAACUUUGGUCUUUCAAACUUUAAUUUUUCCAAGUUUCGGUCUUUCAAACUUUGGGUUUUCAAACUAUAAUUUUUCCAAGUUUCGGUCUUUCAAACUUUGGGUUUUCCAAACUUUGGUCUUUCAAACUUUAAUUUUUUCAAGUUUUGGUCUUUCAAACUUUGGGUUUUCCAAACUUUGGUUUUUUAAACUUUAAUUUUUCCAAAAGUUUUGGUCUUUCAAACUUUGGUUUUUCCAAACUCAAGGUGCAUUUUUCUAGGCAUAUAGGCAAUAUAUCAUCGUUUGGUUAAUCGUCUAACGAUAUUGAACAAGCGGCGCAAACAAAUAGUAUAUAUAUAUAUGUGUGUAUAUAAAAUGUUGAUAAAAGUAAAUCUGUGAUAUAAACAUAUCACGAUAAAUUAAAAUUUAGAAGAAUAUUUUUUUUAUGAAAAAAGAAAGAAAAGAAGAGCAUUAAAUUCCAAAAUGUGCACAAAGUGCAGUGGAAGCAAUAAAUUGAGGAAGAAAAAAGAAAAAAAAGAACACAUGUACCUAAAUUAUGUACCGGAAAUACGUUAACAGAAUAUUAUAUGUAUUGUAAUUUUUCCAAUAUAUGUGACUCUAUAAGUAAAAGUUACGCUCAUCGCAGCAAAAAAAAAUUUUACUCUCUUCAGCAUUUAUAAUCUUGUAAAUUAAAAAACGUCUAUGACUUUGAUUAUAAUUUUAACCUUGACUUUGACAUUAAUAUUAACAUUAAUUUUUGACUUCGAUAUUGAUUCUGAGUUUGACUUUCUUUUUGACUUUCAAUUUAACUUUGACUUCCACUUUGAUUCUCAAAGUCAAAGUCAGAGUGAAAAUAAAAUUCAAAGUCAAAGUCGCAAAUUUUUCACCGCGUCAAGCAAACUUUCACGAUAGAGAUUUCACAAUUGUAACUUAGAGAAUUUUUUUCCCAACCAUUUUUGAUUGAUUCAAAUUUUUUUAUCGAUUAUUUCGGCCAUAGUGCAAAAAAAAAACGCGUUUCAAACGUGUUCCCAAAAAUAUAUUUUAUUGUAAAACAAUUGUUAUAAAAAAGAAAAAAUAUUGUACUUUUUUUAUAAAUAAAACUUAUUAAGAAUUCUGUGAAUUCACUUUUGCGAAAUAAUGAAAUAUUAAAAUAAAAACGAAAAUCUAUUAAUUUAUAAUUUAUAUACUAUUAGUAAUAAUCGAUAAUUUCUUUUGAAUCGAAAAAAAAAAAAAUUCUCCCAGGUUAAUUGAUUGGAAAAUUUAAAAAAAAAAAAAAAUAAGAAUCUGGAAAACGUGGUACAAGACUGUAUGCUAUUGAUUGAUAGAAAAAAAAGAAUCAUAUGUUGUAAAUAUAUUCUAUCGUGUAGAUAUUUAAAAAAAAAAUUGUACAUAGAAAUAGAUAAAAAUUGUCCUUUAACGUGUGUAUAUGAAAUUUAAGCCUUUUUUUUAAAAAAUAAAAUUUUUCUCGUAUUUUAUCAUGCAAACAUAGUUGCAAUACAAUUUUUUUUCGAAUUUUAUGUUGUACAUAUUUUUAUUUACUAAGGCACUCGCUGCGCGUUUUAAUAAUUAUAUAUAUACAUCAGUUAUAUGUAGACAAUUCAUAUAUAUGCCA